AUGGCUUCAACUUCAGUAUCUGCCUCUUCAAUUGAUCAAAUUUUGCAGAAAUAUACCUCCCUAUCUGAAAAUCCUGUUCCAGGUAUUAUUGCCGGUAUUGUUGAUAAUCGCAAAGGUUUAGUAUAUUUGGGCUCCGCUGGUGCCAAGUCGCUUUCUGAUCCUCACGAUAAAGUAUCAAAUGAUAGCACUGUCGCUUUUUAUUCAACCACAAAAGCCAUUACUGUCACUGCCUUUCUACAAUUACUAGAAUCCGGUAAAAUCCAUUCAAUUAACGACUUGGUAGAAGAUUAUAUUCCUGAAUUGAAAAAUGUAACACUAUUGUCCAGUUUUGAAGAAAACGGAAAUCCAAUUCUAACGGCCCCCAAAACAAAACCAACUUUGUUGCAUUUGGUUACCCAUACUGCUGGUUUUGCAUAUGCAUUUUUCAAUGAAAAUUAUAAGAAACUCCAAGAAAAAACUGGUUCUCCAAAUAUCUUGGCCUCAACUUGGAAAGAAUUUGACACCCCUUUAAAUUUCGAGCCUGGUUCUCAAUGGGAAUAUGGAUCUAAUAUUGAUUUUCUUGGUAAAGUAGUUGAGAAUGUCAGUGGCUUAACUUUGGAUCAAUAUUUUAAAAAGUAUAUUUUUGAACCCUUGGAUAUUCAAUCAUUAACUUUUAUUAGAACUCCUCAGCAUUUUAGUAACCAUACUUCAAUUCAUCAAAGAGAUUAUAAAACUAAGAAAACAGUUGCUUUGCCCGAAUUGCAUCCAGCCGUUCCUGAAUUCCAUUGUGGAGGCCAUGGUUUAUUUGGUAAAGUUGAAGAUUAUUUGAAAUUUUUAGAGAUAUUUUUACACAAUGGUAAAUCACCCACCACAAACCGUCAAAUACUAAAGCCUGAAACAAUUCAAAAUUACUGUUUUGCUUCUUUAUUACCUAAAGGUUUGGAGAUAGUUCCAUUGCCUGCUUCUCAACCAAAUUUAUCUAAUCCUGUUGAAAUUGCUCCUGGUGUACCAAAAACGUGGACCGCUAACUGGUUAAGAAUUGAUUCUGAAUUACCUACAGGCAGAUCAAGUGGUUCCUUUAUGUGGGCAGGGUUGACCAACUUGUAUUAUUGGGUUGAUCCCAAGAAAGGUAUAGCUGGUUUUUUCGCUGCUCAACUUUUCCCAUUUUAUGAUCCAAAUUGUUUAUCCGCUUUUCAAGAAUUUGAAACUGCUGCUUACCAAUUAUUAAAUAAAUAG